AUGAUUGCGAGCAACGGAGAUUGGGAUCGUGACUUGACAACGUCGGACAAGGCGUUUGAAGUUACCACCGCUAGCAUUAACGGCAAUGAGAUUGCUGUGUUUCGACCUUCGCGUCAGAAGAGUCAACGAUUCAAAAGACAGUGGCUGGCCGAGCAGCUUUCAUCGCCUCCACCGUUGGCCUUCCGACAGCAGCACGGAGUUAUUUUACAGGAAAAUUGGUAG